AUGACUGAUUCAAAAUGUCAUCAACAAAAUAAUACUACAAAUGGGACAUCAACAAAUAAAUCAAAUAUAAAAACUGUAUCUUCAUCAACUUCUUCUAAUUAUUUUUCAACAACAUCUCCAGUAUUUUCACCAAUUACUUCAACGUCUUCAUCAUUUACUGCAAAUCCAAUACCGACUAAAUCAAUAAAUUUUAAGUCAUUAGAUGAAAGUGUAAUACGACAUAAUCAAAAUGUUGUAAAUUCAAAUUCAUUACUGUCUUCUAUAAAUCAAACUCAUCAUUCACAAACAAGUCCAAUAAAUUUGAAUAAUAGUAUAACCCCGCCACCUUCAAGUGUUCCUUCAUUAGAUGAUUUAGUAAAUGAUUGCUUUUUACUAUCUAUCAAGAAAUUGGAUGAUGAAAUUCGAUCAACAAUGUGUAAUAAGUUCCACAACUUUUUGAUUAAACAACAUUGUCAAGAAAAUUUAGAGUUUUUAAUUGAUAUUUAUCGUUAUGAGUAUAUUUAUAACUUAAAGAUCUUAUCAGCUUCAUCAAUUACAACAAAUAAUAAUAGCGGUAUAAAUGCAAAGUCAAGUUCAUAUGUCAAUAAAAACAACCAUUUUUAUGUUGAAAAUAUUUCAAAAAUAAGGUUGAACAAUAGCCCUUCACCAAUUGAUUUUAACAGUAUACCGAACAACAAAGCUACCACCACCAACAACAAUAAUAAUGGUGUUUCAUUAAGACAUGGUAAGACAUCCUCAGUUGCAUCACUCGAUCUGAUGUUUAAAAAGAGUCAACAACAUUCAAUGAAAUUAGACGAUUUGGAUGAUCCACAAAAUGCAUUUGUUUCAACUAUUGAUGAUCUAGAUUUAUCACAACCUUGGGAUAAUUUCAAACAACAAUUAGUAGAUGACGAUGACUCAGAUGAUGAAGGUGAACUCGAAAUAAAUGCCAGAAAUCACUCUCAUGAAGCUCAAGAUGAUAACGACGGUAAAGUCUUGUAUAUAAACGAUGAUGACUUGAAUACAUUAAAUGAACAUUGGGAUUAUUUAAUGAACAAUUUUAUAAAAAAUGAUUCACCACAACAAAUUAAUAUAUCACAAAGAUUAUUCAAAGAAAUUGUUGAAGAAAGUUCAAUUACAAAAUUACACAAUCCAUUAAUUUUAAUGAAAGCAAGAAAUGAAGUUAUUAGAAUGUUGAAAGAAAAUGGAUAUUUUGAAUUUUUAAGUUUAUGUAAAAAAAAUCAACAAAGUCAACAAAAUUCAGUUAAAUCAAGUUCUUUAAGUAGCAAUGGUGCCAAGAAUUGUGAAUGUGGUUUACCAACAAACACUAAUUGUUCAAAUAAUGAUCAAAACAAAAAUUUAAGAACCCAAUGUUUAAAUAAGAAUUUUCAAACAUCAUCCUCAACCAACCCAACAUCAAGCCUGACACCAACCAUAGCAGCUACAUCAACUAACUCAUCAACAAAUGUGUCACCAAUAAUAUCACCAAAUCCUGAUAGAAUAAUAAGAACUCCAAAUUUGAGAUUAACACCAAGACAACAAGCACAGAAUAAAAUGUCAUCAGAUUUGGACUCAAAUUCAAUAUCAUUACCUGCUUCAAUAUUGGGAAAAUUCUCAUCUUCGAAAAGAAGUAACAAAACUACUCCACACCAAGAAAAUGAAACAUCAUCACCAACAUCAUCAACACCAAUAGAUUCGCCAAUCACAACAGCCCCAAGUCUCUCAAGUCCUAUUUCAUCAUCUUCAUCAUCUUCAUUACUGAAUUUAUUAGGACAUUUAAAAUUUAAUGGAACUUCAACUAGUGUCCCAAUUACUGAUUCUUCAUCAACUAUAAAUUCAAUCAAUACAUACGAUACAGCAGCUACUAAUUCAUCAUAUAUACCCAAAGAACAGCAGCAAACACAAAGAACAAAAAGUUUCAGCAAUCACAAUCACAACCACAACCAUAAUUUUUUACAUCAUCAUCAUCACCAUCAUAAUCGUCAAAAUGAUAAAUUUCGCACAACAACAACUGAAUCAAAUUCAAGUGGUUCAAAUUCAAAUUCAAGUUCACCAAAUUUACCUAAAAAUUUAACAAAUUACAUUAUUGAUGCAGACGAAAAAGAUUCACAAGUUAAUAGAUCAUUAAAUUCAAGUCCAAUUUCUAUUAAUUCUUCUAUAGGUGAUCAACAAUCAAACAUUGAUCAAAAAGUUAGUGGUUCACAAUCAAAAAGAGACAAUGGUGUUGGGAAUGCAAAUUCAAGUUCAUUAAGUUCAUCUUUAAAAUUUUGGAGAAAGAAAAAUUAA